UUGUCAUCAGCCUGAAACACAAACCCACAGAAUCAGCGAACGACUCCUGCUUUGAGACUUUGUUUUGGUUCUAAGUGCAGACAUGCUCCUGAAAAGCGGAUUUGUUUUACUCCUCGUUUUGGUUGCAUAUGCAUUUGGAACAGAUCAAGAACCUGCACAACCAAGACGAGCACGAUUCUCAGCCAACAGCCCUACUGAUGUUGCCCGCUGUCUGAACGGAGCUCUCCAGGUGGGCUGCGCAACUUUCGCCUGUCUGGAGAAUUCGACCUGCGACACUGACGGGAUGCAUGAGAUCUGCAACGCUUUCCUCCACACUGCUGCAGUUUUUAAUACAGAGGGUAAGACGUUUGUGAAAGACAGCAUCAAGUGCAUCGCCAACGGUAUCACCUCUAAGGUCUUCCAGACCAUCAAACGCUGUUCCACCUUCCAGAAGAUGAUUGCUGAAGUGCAGGAGGAAUGCUACAAGAAGCUUGACAUCUGCGAAGUGGCCAGAUCCAACCCUGAGGCCAUUGGAGACGUGGUCCAGGUCCCCAGCCACUUCCCAAACAGGUACUACAGCACACUUCUGCAGAGCUUGAUGGAGUGCGACGACGACACCGUGGAGGUGGUGCGAGCCGGGCUGGUGUCCAGACUGGGACCUGACAUGGCCACGCUCUUCCAGCUGCUUCAGAACAAGCCCUGCCCACCUGAACCUGCUGCCGCUGGUUCUUCUGGGAUGGAGGGUCACACUGGCUUCCGCUGGCCUCCCAUAUUCAAGAUCCAGCCCAACCUGCGCAACAGGGACCCCACACACCUCUUCGCCAGGAAACGCUCAGUGGAAGGGAGCUCUUAGAGUUGCACACGACUGCAUGUAUUCACGACUCUAAGUUUGCAUCAUGCGUCAUACGCUGAUGUGUAUAAGUGGAAGAUGGUAAUUAGUAAUUAGUGCAUUAAAACUAGUUUUAUUAUGGGACACAACAGAAAUCUUUGCUUAGUUCACAAAAAACAACAACUACUUGAUUAUUUUAUUGCAUUACAUUAAAUAUACAUGCCAUUGUCAUUUAUAGCAUAAAAAUGUUUUAGACUCUUAAUAUUUAUUACAUUUUUGGUUAUGCCCUAAUGCAAAAGAAGCUAAAUGUUAUUAUGAAAUUUUGAAAAAGGAAAACUGUCACAUCAGCCAACUUGUAGUGACAGGGCAGAAGUAUUUAUUGGUGUACACUGAAAAUAAUUUAUAUUUAUUUUUCCUACCAAAUGUAAUUUAUAUAGUAUAUUAUUGUUUAUUGUGACCUGAGUCUGAAAUGAAAGAGUCUUUAUUCAUUAAGAGAAAAACAAACAACAUAUUUCUGGAUAUGUUUCAGAUAUGUUUCCUAUGCUGGUCAUGGGAAAUAUUAUAUAUGACUAAAAAGGACAUACUUUGUUCAUGUUAGUGAUAUUGUAUAGUUGAUGUGCUUGACUAGAAAUAAAAUGUCCUGACAUACUAAACAGUU